AUGCCAUCUAAAUUAUCUAUACCCUCAUGUUCUCAAUUAUCCAACAUUGUAUUAACAGAAUUUAAUGAAGUUGCUGAAGUGCUUCGCUACCUAGACCCUCAAAAAGCAUGCGGACCAGACGGCAUUCCAAGCAGACUCUUGCUCGAACUGGCAGACGAGAUUGCCCCUUCGUUAUCCAAAUUGCUCAACAUGUCUCUUUCGCUUGGCGUUGUACCCAGUAAAUGGAAGCUUGCCAAUAUCACUCCUGUUUUUAAGGCGGAUGAUCCAACACUCUCAUCCAAUUACCGACCGAUUUCUCUUCUUUGUGUGCUGUCUAAGGUUCUGGAACGAUGCAUCCACAAUCAUUCAUAUCUACACCUUGCACCGCUUAUCUACGAUAGGCAACACGGUUUUGUCAGGGGUAAAUCGACAACAACACAACUGUUGGAGGUAUACCAAGACAUCAUGGAAUCUGUUGUUAGUGGUGAAGAAGUUGAUGCCAUAUACCUCGAUCUGUCAAAAGCUUUUGACAAAAGUACCACAUAA